AUAAGCACACAGUAUAUAUAGCAUUAGGAACUCCCAGCUGAACCAGAAGGAGAGUAAAUUAGUUAAAAUAAUGUUUCAUUUCGCCCCAUUCUGCUUUUAAUCACUUCAUAUCCUUUUUUUAUGAAUUUGCUUCCCUCAAAGAGCUCUCGUAUUAGUAGUCAUGUAUAAAAUUGCUUACACAUGCAUUCCCAGAUAGGCAGAGAAGCUUGUUGAAGCCAAACAUCCCACAGGGUUUUUGUAUUAGAUCGCAGUCUCUCGGGCACAAAGGAUUUAUGAAAAUUCUCUCUCUUUUCCUUUGUUCCAGUCUCUCAGUCUUUCUCUCUUUUGUUCCUUAAAGUUCUGCAGAAGGAUAACUAAAUACACUGUUGCCAUGAAACUGUUCUUGAUUUUUCCAUUGUGUUGCAACUGAACUGAUCCAUGUUGGUUUUCUUUUUGGUAAUUGUGUAGCAGUUAUUAAAGAACCCAAUUUUAUCCUCACUGUGUCUGUAAGUGAAAGUCACAAAGAGAAAGAAAAGACCCUUCCAGAGAGAUUUGAUUUUAUUUGGCUGUAUUAUUAAAUACUCUCUCUUUCUCUGUGCCAAAACCUAGUGAACUAGUAAGGCAUCAACGCCACGCCCCAAAAGGUAGGCAGCAUAAUUAUAAGGGAGCUUGACAUGUAGCAAACACAGAGAAUUCAGUUCCAGAAUGCAAUAUGACGAUGAGGCGAGGGAACUGUUGAUUAUGAAAAUAGUUUUCAUGUGUUGCUGAAAAGUGUUAAAAAAAAUAGUGCAUUCUAAAAAAAUGUGUUAUGUGUUUGUGUGUUUCAUUAACUCAGCAACAACCUGGAAGUAGUUAAUAUGGAUUUUUGUGACGUGCCUGUGUACAGAGUACAGUUAGGUUACUUAUGACAAGUAAACUAUAUUGGGGCUCGUUUGUAAUCUGAAAAUGCUAACAUAUACAGGUGUUGUUGAUUCUGAACAACAGGCUUAAAGCUAAAAUGAAAUUCCUGGCAUUGCUGUAUUACUGGCAUCAAACAUUGUUUUAUAAAAGUGAAAGGAUCAAAACAAGGCGAAAUGCUUGAAAAUCACUUUAAAACUGUGCAAAGCUUUAGAUUGUAUCAGAAUGCAGAAUGUAUCACAAUGACUGUGGAUAGACAAAGAAUAUGCCCUAUUAAUUUUAUCCUCACAAGUCUCUUUCUCUCCCUUCCUCUCCAUCUCUCUCUCUCUCUGGUGUUUGUGGGGAUCAGAAAGGAUUUGGGGGGAGUGUUUCAGUGGCAGGUGGACAAAAUCUGUUCGCAACAAAACGCUUUUCCUAAACCGAAAACUCAAGAUUCAGCUGUUAACAUUCAUAUUGUUGGAAUGUUUUUCAUGAAAAACAUUUGCAAGCCUUUAGAUAUUGUAGUAUUAUUUGAUGUUCCAGAUUUUGACUUUCACCCCCUGUGGGUUUUAUAAUGCUUAUCUUAAUAACAUAGCUGUGCUUUCUCAGUGGGGAAUAUCAAAACAUGGGGUGAUGGUUUCUUUGUUUAUGUAAAAUGAAUGUCUAAAAACAGUCAUUGUUAUGUUAAAGGGAUAGUUCUGUCAUAAUUUACUCACCCUAAUGUCGUUCCAAGUCUGUAUGCUUUUAUUUCUUUUGGAGAACACAAAAGCAACACUUAAUCCCAUUGACUUUCAUUGUAUGUAAAUAUCUUCUGUUGUGUUUCAUGAAAGAAAGUCAAACAGGUUUGGAACGACAUAAGAGUGAGUAAAUCACGACAGAAUUUUCAUUUUUGGAUGGGCUCUUCUUUUAAGAGGUAGCUAAGAAUUUUUAUGUGAUUAUUUUGUUUGUGAGAAAUUUCAGCAUCCUUAUGUAAUUUUCACUAAGAAUGGUAUUACAGUUUGCUUCAGGUCUGAUAGAUUUUGUUAUGAAGCUAAUUGUUUUUCAUUCAUUCAUUCACUUUAUUUUUUAAAGCACUUUAAAACUGCACCUGCAGACCUGAGUGCUGAACAAACAACAGAAAAAUACACACACACAAAAAAACAACACGCAAACUAGUAAUGCAUUGAAUACUAACCCAACCUCUUAAAAGCUAAAGCAUUGUGAUCCAUAAGCUUACAGAAGCUUUGUGACCUCAUUGUUGGUGUGAUGUGUAGGGUGUUUGGAGGCAGUAGUUCAUAUAGCUGCGCUGGUGUUGGCUUGGGUCAUAAUGCAAUAGAUGAGUGGUGAUGCUGGAUCUCUGCAUUUGCAUAGCUCUGCAGGCAUCGCUGGCCCAUCAUAGGAUUACUGUUCAAUCAGGAUUUGACGUUUCCUGACAGUGCUACACAAUUCUGCCCUGCUGCAUUAGGUCUGUAUUAGUUUCACUGGCCUGCCCCACUGGCCCAUCUCUUGGAGUCCAGCAAAGACUGCCUGCUUAAUGCCAGCUGGCCAGGCUUUUGAAAGAAGCACAGACCACCUCAGUCAUUGGCAUCAGGUAAGCGUGUCCAUGGCAGCAUGUGUUCCUGUCCAAAGGGAUUUCAUUGUAUUCAUUAUCAUCAGGGACACAUUUCGUGCGCAUUUGCAUGUGACGUCACAAGGGUGAAGAGUGGAUUUAAGCUGGCUUUAUUUGGUCUGUAAUCCCUCAUAGCAAUCUGAACGAGUAAAAUGUUCGGAGUUGGAGCGGAUCGGCUUCGCUGGAUUAUCACAAGCCCCUGCCUCCCCCCACAACAACCCUCCCCUUGUUAAAAUUUUCCUUCCUGUCUCUCCGUUUUCUCUCUUUGCUUUCCUUCUGUCUGUUCAUGCUUGUCACAUUGCAUUGCCAGAAUGGAGUAGUCAGGCAGGCUUCAACUACCAAUGUUAUUUGUGAGAGCACUUGGUGUCCUCUUUCCUGCUUCCAUCACCACCAGCAGUAUUCCCCAGAUUAAUUAUUCACCGAUCACCAAGCAAGAGGAGCCAUUUGAUAGCCAGACCUUGCUACUGUGAUAGAGACCGGAGAAAGAAAUUACAACUGGACCUCAGGUGAAAAGCGAUACUUCUGUUUAAAUUUUUUUUAAUUUCACCCUCCUUCCUCGCACCACUUGACACCCUGCAACUAGAAUCUUAAAGGAAAGCCUUUCUCAUUUUUCUUCCCUGUGAGUAAGGUAUAUCUCUUCCUCAUGUUGAUCUCCAGUAAGCAGUUGCCGAUCGGCCGUUCCCAGAGCUGGGACACGCUGGGUGUGAAUGAGGGUCAUUGGGAGCGCAGUGACGGUGUUUACGAGCAGCAGGCCCGGAUGGCUGGUCGACGCAACUCGCUGAGGUAUGGAGCGGAUGCAGGAGGGGGAUGGUAUGAACCACCACCUGGAGUGCGUCACCCUGACCUGGAUUUGAAACGGGAGCAAGACUCCUACCAGGAAUCUCUUUACAAUCAGGGAUAUUUGGAUCCUCCGGACCCUCGUAACGUAAGAAAGAACUCUGUUCCUGAAUUGAACAGCCAUUACGAUCGGCCACCCAUGGCUCCCCGUGGUUCCCUGGCACACCACAAUUACUAUCAGCAAGACUCAGGCAUGCCACCACGGCCAACAGAGGGUUUUUAUCAUGGAGAGCAACCCCAUUCUCUUAAUAGGUCAUCUUCACAUUAUGGAAUGAUGGCUGGUCCUCGGCAACUGUGGGAACAGAGCUCAGGAGGUCGGCCUUGUUCUGCUGCCGCAACACCUGGCAUACCUCCUCCCCCACCUCCAACUGCUCAUGACAUGGGUCGUAUUUACAGAGAAGCGUCUCUGCCUGGACCCCCACCUGCUACUCCUAGCACCAAAAUGAUGCAGGAUGGACAGCGCAUUCCAAGCCGAGCACCAUCUCCUGCUCAUUAUAUAAUGGAGCCAAAUUCUCCACGUUAUGGUGCUGAGCCACCUGCCUCUUUCACUAGCCAUUCAGUCUACAGUGAUGUUAACAGAAGGUCAAUUGAUCCUCAUCAGCCAGCUGCCACCUGCCUGGUGGUUGAACCAGUUGCUCAAGGAAUGGAUGGAACUGCCCGAGGUAUGGUCAUGCAUCAGGAAAACCCCUCACCAUACACCAUACAGCAGCAACAGCAAGCCCAACAACAGGCACAGCAACAAAUGCAACAACAAAUACAGCAACAGCAAAUGCGCAACCAGUGGCACCCCCAUCAGCCAGUGCAGCAAGUUCAGCAGGUACCACAGGUUCAUCUAGUGCAGCAAGUUCCACAUAUGCAACCCGUGGCACCCCCAAAUCCUGUCUAUACUCCAGCUCCCCCUACAGCCCCUGCCCCAGUAAACACUCCAAGUGUGGCUACUGUUCCUGCUCUGUUACCUCAAGUUCCUACUCAGCCUUUUACUGCUGCUGCUCCUCCUACUGUUCCUCAGACCCCAGUGGCUCCUGUAGAUCCUAAAAAAAAUGCAGAUCCUGAGUUUCUGGCAUUGCUGCAAAAAGAGGGCGUCUCGGAAAGCACCAUCACUUCUCUGCUGCAGCAGGGCUUUGACUCCACUAAAAUGUUGGCUGUUAUGGAGGAAAAUGAUGUGCGUUCAGUGGCCCCAAACUUGGGACAAGCUCGGGUUCUAUCUCGUGUUGUGCUUGGUUGCAAGCGACCACCUGAAAUCCUUCCUGCUACCCCCUUGCAUCCCAGUGCUCCGGUCCGUGGCAGAUCCAACAGCUUUAGCCAUCGCAGUGACAUUUACGUGCACCAGCCGCCACCGUUGACUCCGGGCUUGGAGUCCCAGUAUAUGCAGCCUCCCUCUACCCAAAUGCAGACUAUAUCUCCAAGGAUGGGUGAAGGUUAUAGUCGCAGACCCAGCAGUGCUCCCUCCCAGCAGUUUUUUGAGACCAGCGGGUAUCCUGGAGCCAGGUCUGCAGGAGCAUACGGUGGUGCUAUGGUUCCAGUGCAGCCUCGCCCAUUGUCAGGCUACAAUCCACAUGCUGGUCUGCCCAUGUCACCUAUGACUGCGAUGUCCCAACAGGUAGCCAUUCCAUCACAUCUACCAGGAAUACCACCACAAAUCCAUGCAAUGCCACAACCAUUUCCAGCACUGCCUGCAGUUCCCCAACCAAUGACUGUGUCUGCUUUGCCACCCCAGCAGGCUCCAAAGGCAUACACCACCAACUAUACUGUACCAAUGGAGUUGAUGAAGAGGGAUCGGAGUUUGGCCACAAUGUCGCCCAUGCCUAGUCCCCAUGUAAGCCCACAAGUAAUGCGCAAGGCUGGAGCAUCCUCAGACAGAGUCCUAGUACCGAUUGGUGGUGCUGUCCCAGGCCAAAAUGCGAGUCUGGCUAAUCAGAAGCUCAGUCGGCGUACUGGACCUCCAGUCAUUGUGUCCACUAUGGCAUCGCCAGACACAAGUAUAAGGCCGCAAAUCAUGAACGGUCCGAUGCAUCCUCGGCCGCUGGUCGCUCUGCUGGACGGGAGGGACUGUACCGUAGAGAUGCCCAUCCUGAAGGAUUUGGCCACGGUGGCGUUCUGUGACGCUCAGUCAACGCAGGAAAUCCAUGAGAAGGUGUUGAACGAGGCGGUGGGGGCGAUGAUGUACCACACCAUCACUCUGACCAGAGAAGAUCUGGAGAAAUUUAAAGCCCUCCGAAUCAUAAUCCGCAUCGGUAGUGGAUAUGACAAUAUUGAUAUUAAAGCAGCAGGAGAGAUGGGUAUUGCGGUUUGUAAUAUUCCAUCAGCUGCUGUGGAGGAGACGGCAGACUCAACGCUUUGCCACAUCCUGAACCUGUACCGGAGGAACACCUGGCUGUACCAGGCCAUGCGUGAGGGCACACGGGUCCAGAGCGUGGAGCAGAUCAGAGAGGUGGCGUCAGGGGCCGCCCGCAUCAGAGGAGAAACACUCGGACUUAUUGGCUUUGGCCGAUCGGGACAGGCAGUGGCUGUUCGAGCAAAAGCAUUUGGCUUCAAUGUGAUCUUUUAUGACCCAUACCUGCAAGACGGUUUAGAGCGAUCGCUGGGCGUCCAGAGAGUUUACACCUUGCAGGACCUCCUGUACCAGAGCGACUGUGUGUCUCUCCACUGCAACCUAAACGAACACAAUCACCACCUCAUCAACGACUUCACCAUCAAACAGAUGCGACAGGGAGCAUUUCUAGUCAACACAGCACGAGGGGGUCUAGUGGAUGAAAAAGCCCUGGCUCAGGCUCUCAAAGAGGGCAGGAUACGGGGGGCAGCCCUGGACGUUCACGAGUCUGAACCCUUCAGUUUUUCUCAGGGUCCUCUGAAGGACGCGCCCAAUCUGAUCUGCACCCCUCACACGGCGUGGUACAGUGAGCAGGCCUCACUAGAGAUGAGAGAGGCAGCGGCCACUGAGAUCCGCAGGGCCAUCACCGGUCGUAUUCCAGAUAGUCUCCGAAACUGCGUCAACAAAGAGUUUUUUGUGACUACGGCGCCGUGGGGGGUGAUGGAGCAGCAGGUACAUCCGGAGCUCAACGGCGGAGCCUACAGAGUGGCCCAACCGCUACCAGCCGUUUCUCCUGGCGGCCUGCAAGACAAAAUGUAUACCUAAACAAUGACAGGUUUCCUCCUGGUGCGGUGGGUGGGUCUCCUGGUGGCAUGGGUGGACAGAUAGAGGGCAUGAUGCCCGGCGGGGUGCCCGGGGCCCAUCCCCUGCCGCCGGGCACCCAGCCCAGCCUCGCCCCGUCCCCCACCCAGCU